UCCGAGAAUACAAUAUGGCGAAAAAUGAUGUGUUUUUGUUGGAAUUUCGAUGCAAACUCUCUUUUCCUGGCAAACGUGCCGCCUUAUAGGGAUACUAGUCAUUGUUGAAGCUGCAUACUAGAACCAACUGAGGCGAACCUCGACCAAAGUCUGUACCCCAUUUCUACUGAACCACCUUGACAGGUUUCUUCUGUGUGCUGUCUGGCGACUACUGAAACUGUUGCCAUUGGGUUGAAUCUAUCACAGCAGUGCAGGAUCCUGCCAUCUCACUUGUUUGAGAUGGCACAUCGUCGUUCAGCUGGUCGAAAUCAAGGCUAUGAUAGUAGUAGUGAUACUGAGUUCUCAGAACCUGAGGAUCGUCGUUCAGCUUGUAUGAAAAGAACCAGUUCCUUGGCCCCACCUAGAUCCAAACCUUGUUUAGUACACAAGGAUCGCUCCCUCGACUCCGAUGAACUAGACACAGAAGCUAUGGAAAACGAGUGCCCACCUAAUUCAGUCCUGAAACAGCCAGCGAAUAGUUCUAUUGCUUGUAAUCGAAUGCGAAAGACUUUGAGUAGCAGCCCGGUGCGGAAUUAUGCCUGUCAGAAGAUGGAGGGAGCUCGUGCCCGAGGUGGCACUGAGCGGCUGACGUUAGUUGUAGAUGAGACACGAUUUGUUGUAGAUCCUGAAAUCUUUCGUGCCCAACCGAACACGAUGUUAGGAAGAAUGUUCACAUCUUCGUUAGAUAACAACUUUACUCGACCGAAUGAAAGAGGAGAGUUCGAAGUUGCAGAUGGAAUUUCAUCCACAAUUUUUAGAGCAAUACUUGAAUAUUACAAAGUUGGUAAUGUGCGUUGUCCUCCCAGUGUUUCUGUGCAGGAGCUCCGAGAGGCUUGUGAUUACUUGUUAAUUCCAUUCGAUGCAACUACAGUCAAAUGUCAGAAUCUACGUGCUUUAUUACAUGAAUUAUCCAACGAUGGUGCAAGGGAACAGUUUCAAGAGUUCCUUGACAACUACAUCCUUCCUCACAUGGUAGCGUGCGCCCAGCACGGUGACCGUGAGUGUCAUAUCGUCAUCCUCUGUGAGGAGGAUGUCGUCGACUGGGAUGAGGAGUACCCACCACAGAUGGGCGAGGAGUACUCUCAGAUUAUUUAUAGCACGACUAUGUACCGCUUUUUCAAAUACAUCGAGAAUCGUGAUGUUGCCAAGUGUGUGUUGAAGGAAAGAGGUCUGAAGAAGAUACGCUUAGGAAUUGAGGGCUAUCCUACGUACAAGGAAAAAGUGAAGAGAAGACCUGGUGGAAGGCCAGAAGUAAUCUAUAACUAUGUGCAGCGACCAUUCAUCCACAUGUCCUGGGAGAAAGAGGAAAACAAGAGUCGCCAUGUGGACUUCCAGUGUGUCAAGAGCAAGUCUAUAACGAACCUGGCAGCCGCGGCUGAUGAAGGAAUCGAUGGGGCCCAACAGCCCCAACCGGCAAUUCUAGUCCUCGCUGCUGACCCAUUGCCUGCACCACCAGCUCCUGUACCCCAAGUUGUUCUCCCACCACAGCCUUCGCCCUCGGAGCCUUACCCUGACGUGCAACUCCCUCCGGAAGCUGAGUGAUCAGCGGUGCUGGUGUUGCCAUGUAGAUCCAGCUUCGACUUGGGUCAUGAACAAGGAGGUUUGGCAGCCUCUUGAUUAAGUCUGAUUUGCACUCACCCACUUCGGCAGUGUGGUCUACCAAACCUGAAAAACUUUUCGAAAAAAAGAAGAAACUUUGUUCAGACAGUCAAUAUGAUCAACUUUUCUUCAAAAAUUUUCGUACAUGCACGUUAGAUUCUGUGAAAAUGUGGGUAGUAAAUGUUGUCUGCUCAAGUCUUGUAUAAAUGCAUGAGUGAAGUUGACAUGUGCUUCCAUCAUUGAUGCCAUAAAAAAUGAUAGCUGUGACUGACGUCAUCGUUAUAUUACAUUUGGGGCAGACUUUAUUGCACAUGUUGGUAAGAGGGUUGUAAAAAAUAAUCUGAGGUGUGUCGUUUCUAAAAUUGAUGGUUGUCUUAUUUUUGAUCAUCAGGUGUCCGAUUAAUGGCAACUGAAAACUAGUACUAUAUUUAGUGCUAGUUCUCAUCGGUCAUUAUUGUAUUGUCAAUUUCAUACAUCAUUUCAUGUCAUCCUUAUAUAAUGUGUACAUUUCAUCACUGAACAUUUUCAGUAUUAAUGGUGAGAAUUCAUGGUUUAUUUAUUAACUGACUCAAAUGGAAUGUGGGAAACUUCAAAAUAAAAAAGUAAUACUGCCAUUGAACAUAUAGAGUUAGAGCUAUUGAUAAUUGUAAUAUAAGAACUCAUUCCUUUCUGCAGAAACCUGUCUCUAAAUUAGCAACAUCAAGUUUGGAGUAGGGGGUCAGUGGGAUUCUCAGAAUCUCACAUUGUGUCUGCACAAAGAAAGGAGUGUUGCUUACUAGUAAUGCACUGAUAAUACUGCCAUUACAUACAUGUACUGCACAUUCUCUGGUAUGUAUAUAUCAGCAUUGGUGUACUAUUGACAAUGUAUUGCCCAGAAGGUGGGAGGAUUGCUGAUAACAAGUAGGCUUUAAAGAACCAGCGGAGUUUUGAACGCUUUCCAAGUUCACUCACUGCCCUAUUUAGGAUCAACAACGCCUUAUGACCUGGUUACAGUAAACUUUAUAUGAGCCUUUCUCUCAUCUUCUAGGAUGAUAUCUAGUUCUCUUUUCUGGUGUAUUAGUAUUGUCAUUUCUGAUUAGCCACUGACUCUUAUAAACAAGUGAGAUACAUAUACUGUAUAUGGUAAUAGGUAGCAUUGAGUAAAAUGUCGUUGUCACUGUUUUUGUACAUAAAUGUGUGUUGUACUGGGAACUGUCAAUAUUACGGGGAAUUAUUUUUUAGUUAAUUUCACAGAAAAAUUCAAUUUGCGAAAAUAAAAAUCACCGACUGACUGAAAGUUCAUGAAAUGUCUAUGCUGUUGGAACAGCUUUGUCGAGUUUUGUGACAUGAGACUGUAUUUGUGGAUGAAGUUCUAGUUUUACAUACAAUAAUUUAACAGCUAAUAGAAUUUAGACGCAAUAAGGCUGUGUUGUUUCACAGUUAUGUAGAGUGGCAGUCAAUUGUAAUGGGCAUCAUAAUCUCUUCUGAAGUUAAUUUGGCAUGUUGAAAUAGUGAAGGACUGGGAGAAUUCCAUGUUCCUGUUGGAGGGGUUAUUUGGAAGUUUCCAUUGCGUCACUGUAUCUUUUGUACUCUUAGGAUUGAUUGAUUUGUUUCCCUGUGUUGUAUGACAAGUUUCAAGCAAAGUAACUCAACAUAAGAGAUUGUGGUGCUCAUUGCAGUUUGUUUGUAUUCGUAUUUGUACAGUGAGCCCUUCAUGUGAUAUCAACAUUGCUUCUGCAAUAAACUUUUCUUACUCUUCAA